AUGGAGAAUGAUCAAUAUGGCAAUGUUUUCCCUCUUGAGUUAUAUGUAACUACAUCAGAGAAACACCCUGUUCAUGUACAAAUUACAUCGCCAAAAUGGACACAACCUUCUGUAUCAGAAUCCGUCACCGUCUCACCUGGACAGGUAGUCAGGGUGAAGGUAAGUGACGAGUUCCGUAUGAAGGGAAGUUUGAAAUCUUCUAAAGUACUCCUUGUCAAGUCCGAUGGUGACAUUGCAGUUUACGGAGGAAACAAGGAGGACUAUUCUAAUGAUGUAUUCUGUGGUAUUCCAACAGAUGCAUUAGGAAAUGAGUAUUAUGCUAUGUGCUACGGACCAGCGUUUCGUAAAACUGAACUUGGAGUAGCAGCCACACAGGACAACACUGUGGUUAAAGUAACGCUUCCCAAGUCUCCAAAUAUGACAGUCACAUACAAUUCAAAGACUUAUCACGGAGGAGAUGUGAUUACUGUUAACUUAGACAAAUAUGAAAACUUCCAGCUACAAAGUGUCGGUGAUUUAACGGGUGCACAUAUUGUGGCCACCCAUCCUGUUUCGGCAUAUAGUGGUAAUAUCAAAACAAACAUUGGUUCAGGGAAAUGGCAAGACCAUCUGGUAGAACAGCUUACGCCUGUUGAUACUUGGGGAAAAAAAUUCGUAACAGCUCCAAUUCCAAAAAGAACCGUCGGGGACUACUUUCGUAUUGUAGCGAGUGAAGACAACACUGUAGUUAAUAUCGCUGGCAUGCCAUCAAUCACUCUUGCGAAACCAUGUACACCUACGAAAUCAAUUGACGGUGAUGGUUUAGACAAUGACUGCGAUGGUAAAAUAGAUGAAGAAUUAUGUACAACCGAUAACAAUAAACAAGAUGAUGAUGGUGAUGGAAAAUUUGAUGAAGAUUGUACCGAUCCUACUCCAGGUACAUUUAAUGUAUUGAAGUAUUUUAUUAUGAAUUAA